AUUUUAAUAACUAUCGUCUGCCGCUUGCUGGCUUGGCGGGAGGGAUAAAAAUAAAAAGGAGCCCGCAUAUCGUGGCUCGGCACGGAAAAGAACAACGCGGUGGUGAAGUUGUCAAAAAAAUAUUCGAUGAUGUUCUUCGAGUGAUGUUUCGAACGUGGUGGCGAGGAAGAAGUGUUGGGUGUGUUGAUCAUGAUCGUGCUGAGUAAUUUCACGAUUCUAUGACAUGGGAAAUCAUGAAAAACUGUCUGUUAUUCGCUGUUUGGAUUUUGUUUUCUUGUGACCUAUGCUGCCGGCUGGUUCGAGGUUUGGACUGUGGAUAUCCAGGCUCUCCAGCCUUCGGCAGGCCACAUCCUGUCCGGGAAGUGUACAAGCCGGGUGAAGCUGUGUCUUUUACCUGCGCCCAUGGCUACUCUCUCCAGGGGCCGAUGCAGAGAGUCUGCACUCACAAUGGAACGUGGGCUGGACCCUUGCCAUUGUGCGAUAGGAGCCUGUCGAGUGUCAACCAGGUGGCGAGCAGCCGACAGACUCUGACCAGCUAUCCGGCCAGCCAGGCCGUAGACGGGGAUCCGCGUACGUGCACCUACACGGACAAGCUGCGCCCGCGCUGGGUGCGAAUCGACAUGCGCACGCAGCAAAGGGUGCGCGCGGUCGCGCUCACGGUGCCCAGUGGCAUCUAUUCACAAGACGCUGCUCAGUUAACUAUUUAUGCCAUUAGUGUUCGAGAUUCAACCACCGCUUCAUAUCAUAAGUGUGCUGCUUUCAACGGGAAGUUUUCUGCAACGACGCUUAAAUUAUCGUGUGCCGGAGGAGAAGUGGAAGGGCGGUACAUCCACGUAGAAGACAACAGGAAUAAAGUGGAUUACUUCAGCCUCUGCGAGAUACAAGUGUACGUUAACAAAGGCAGCUAUGAUUGUGGGGAAGCAGAGCGUCCCGCUCAUGCAUAUUCUGUCAGAACAGAGUCUGGUGCCGUAAACUAUCGCUGUGUUUACGGCUACAAGUUGGAAGGACCCUCAACAAGACACUGCUUGCAAGAAGGACAAUGGUCAAUGCAUCAACCGAUAUGCAGAGCAACAUUCCAUUCCAUUUUCUUCUCCCGUUCGAAAGUAAGAACCUUUACAUCUGUCCUUCUAGGUUUGGACUGUGGAUAUCCAGGCUCUCCAGCCUUCGGCAGGCCACAUCCUGUCCGGGAAGUGUACAAGCCGGGUGAAGCUGUGUCUUUUACCUGCGCCCAUGGCUACUCUCUCCAGGGGCCGAUGCAGAGAGUCUGCACGCACAACGGAACGUGGGCUGGACCCUUGCCAUUGUGCGAUAGGAGCCUGUCGAGUGUCAACCAGGUGGCGAGCAGCCGGCAGACUCUGACCAGCUAUCCGGCCAGCCAGGCCGUAGACGGGGAUCCGCGCACGUGCACCUACACGGACAAACUGCGCCCGCGCUGGGUGCGAAUCGACAUGCGCACGCAGCAAAGGGUGCGUGCCGUCGCGCUCACGGUGCCCAGUGGCAUCUAUUCACAAGACGCUGCUCAGUUAACUAUUUAUGCCAUUAGUGUUCGAGAUUCAACCACCGCUUCAUAUCAUAAGUGUGCUGCUUUCAACGGGAAGUUUUCUGCAACGACGCUUAAAUUAUCGUGUGCCGGAGGAGAAGUGGAAGGGCGGUACAUCCACGUAGAAGACAACAGGAAUAAAGUGGAUUACUUCAGCCUCUGCGAGAUACAAGUGUACGUUAACAAAGGCAGCUAUGAUUGUGGGGAAGCAGAGCGUCCCGCUCAUGCAUAUUCUGUCAGAACAGAGUCUGGUGCCGUAAAUUAUCGCUGUGUUUACGGCUUCAAGUUGGAAGGACCCUCGACAAGACACUGCUUGCAAGAAGGACAAUGGUCAAUGCAUCAACCGAUAUGCAGAGAGAUCAUCUGUCCACACUUGGGAGAAGUGGACCAUGGUCGUAUUCACUAUGUGGGCAGGAAAAGAGACCAACUGACCCUUGGGACCAUGGCCAAUGUGUCUUGUGAGUAUGGUUAUCGCACGACUGGUGGACCAUUGCAGUGUGAAGAAAGUGGAAGAUGGAGCAGAGGAAAUCUUUCUUGCCAGCCUGUGGAGUGUGGAAUGCCAUCAGUACGACACGAAUCUGAACAGUACAUCCUGCUCAAUGGCACCCGGUAUGGUAGUGUGGCUCUUUUGAGGUGUGAAGAUCGGGAAGCCCUCAUUCUGUGCCGAGAAGAUGGUAUGUGGAGUGUGCCAGAGUUGGACUGCUCUAUUUACAAUAAUCUAUCAAAGUUAGGCCUAGUUGAAGAAGAACAAAAUGAUGUUCCUACAGGAAUCGUAAUUGGGAUGGCUGUUGUUGUGCUUUUUCUACUCUUGGUUGUCAUUCUGGUUCUUUUACUGAAAAGAAGAAAAGUUCUUAGACGGAAUAGUACAGAAUCUCUGCCUUCAAAAGACACAGGAUCUACAUUAACACCCAAUUCCCCUCAGCCUUAUGAAAAUGAUGCUUUCUAUGCUACAAUCCCAGUAGACAGCACUGGAGAACCCAUUGAAAGCAAGAAAAACUUCAUGUCCACCAUUCUCUUCACCAGAAAAAAGAACACAUCUGAUUCAGAAUCCAAGAAAUCACCGCAUGAUAAAAAGAAAGACUCUGAAGAUUCUUCUGGCACAACAAGUAGCAUCUAUGAAGAGAUUGGAUCUAAAAAAAACCUCUGUAAGGAAAAGAAAGCUUCAGAUCCUAGUGGACAGAUCCAAGCAGAUCCAGAGGAUUCUCAGCCUGUAUACGCACAAGUGGACUUGGACGAAAAACGGCGAUCCCGUCUGGUUAAAUCUCUUUGUGAGCGUUUUGACCCCGUUGAUCCACCCCCAUGGGAAGUGACAUACAGAUCAGAAGCAGCCCCUUCUUUUGACGAUGUGGAUCUAGAACCUAUCAAACUUCGUGAGUUGCCUCCAAUACCAGACGAUAGUGGCAGCGAUAUUACAUAUGCUUCAUUAUGCAUACCUUUGGAACCUCCAACCUUAAUGAGGAACAAUGACAUUUAUGAGGACACAAUUUCUGUGGCAGAUACAAAUGGGGGUCAAAUGAAGGACAAUGAUAUAUACCUAGCCAAAGCAGCACCAAAAUCAUAAUGAAGUGUAACAAUUUCAUCAAAAACUCUUUUAAUGUGUGGCAGUUGGGGAAGGGACCAAGUUAAAUGGGUGAAUUUAAAAAAUAGAUCAGUUCAAUGCAUCUGAAAGUUGAUAUGCCAUUAAAUUUCAUAACCGGGAACUUUUUUAUUUUAGCAGUCUUCAGAUUUAUUUGCGUUGAACAUGCUUAUGGAUGUGGGACCAAGUCCAGUGUUUGUGACCAUUUCUCUUAGGAUGCAAAUCUUGUCAUGCUGUCAAAUUGAGCUAAGUUGCAAGAUUUCCUUUACAAUUAGUAAUCAAUGUUACACUUUCUACUUACUGGCAGAAUGUGUUAAGAGAGCACAAAUACUUGACUUUGAAUUCUCUGAUAAAAGGCAAUAGAAAAAACGCUAUGUAAUCAUUUAAUGAACGGGUGGAAAUGUUGAAAAAAAUAAAUAAAUAAAAUAGUGUACAUAAUUUUUCUAGUAUGAGUGACCUCAGUCUUCAAUGCAUGGAAAUGAAACCAUGGUAAAUAACAAUACUUUUCAGCUUCUAUAACAUUGAACCAAUGGUUUGAAACUCAUGUAAGCAAUUU